AACAAAAUCAAAUAAAAUAAUCCAUACAACUUGGAAUUUAAUAAAAAUGGAACAAUUCCAACAUUUGCACAAUUUAAAUAUUCAUUCCUCUUGCAGAACAUGUCUUGAAAAUAUUCACGACAUGCAUCACAAUAUAUUUGCAAUACCAGACCUCAAAGAUAAAUUCACUGCUGUCACAUCAUUACCCGUGGAACCAGGCGAUGGCUAUCCAACAAGUUUAUGUGACCAAUGUCAUUCCAAGAUUGAUAAUUUUUAUAACUUCCAACAAAUGUGUAUUUCCGCACGUAAACGAUUUCAGGAUUAUAUAAAUUCUGAUAAAAAACCAAACACUUUUGAAUUGAACAUUGACCCAAACAAUCUACCAUCAACAACAACUGAUUUGAUGUUAUUCAAGAAAGAAGCCAAAGGCGAACAAGAAGAUGAUAGUUUAACAGCUGGAGGAUGUUUGGAAUUCGUCACGACAGAAAUGUCCGAUGUGAAGAAUCAAGAGGAUUUUUCAGCACAGGAUGAAGAAGACGAAUCAGACGAUGACCAGCCAAUCAUUAAAUAUCGAUGUAACAGUCAAUUGAGUGAAAACGAAGACACUACAGAUGAAGUUAAAGCUGCGGAAAAAAUAAUAAAAAUGCCUGAGACAACUACAGACCUGCGAUGUAAAAUCUGCAACAAAAUCUUCAAAAAAACCGACACCUUGACAGCUCAUAUGCGAACUCACGAAGGUCUCAAGCCAUUUCCCUGUCUGUUGUGUGACAAAUCUUAUGCCCGACAAAGUCGGCUCAAAGGUCAUGUAAGAAAUAUACACGAAGGAAGACCGGAAGAAAGAUUCCCCUGCACCGAACCAGGAUGUAAUAAAACAAUGUCCUCAAAUCAAUCCCUACGCAAACACAUCAAAGACAUUCACAGUACCAUACCUAAACAGCCUUACAUAUGCGAAGAGUGCGGAAAAGUCUUAACAAGUUUAGAAAGCCUAAAGAACCACAGCUACCAGCACACUGGAGCACAACUCCCACACGCAUGUCCGCAAUGCCCAAAGAGAUUUAUCACAAAAGAAAGACUAAAAGAGCACAUGAAUCGACAUGCUGGCAUCAAAAACUUUAUUUGUCCGCAUUGUGGUGCCAAGAAAACAACACGAACCGAACUGAAAACCCACAUCAAUUAUCAUACCAAUGAGAAGACAUAUCGAUGUCAAAUCUGCGACAUGGUCUUUAACAGUCUUGGCAAUUUACACCGACAUAAACGCAUCGUUCACGAGGGAAUCAAAGACUAUCCAUGUUCGUAUUGUGAUAAAUCAUUUGGCAAGGCCGAAACAAGGAAACACCACGAAAUGACUCAUACUGGAGAAAAGCCUUAUGAAUGCGAUGUGUGUCAAAAAAAGUUCAUCCAACUUGUUGCGAUGAAGAAGCAUAAAAAGAUUCAUUUAAAGACAGUGGCAGGACGAAGGGACAGGGAAUAUAAAUUAGGCUGGCCGGGUAAGCCCGUCCUUAAGUUAAAUAUAUUUUUUUAUAAAAUGGAACAAUUCCAACAUUUGCACAAUUUAAAUAUUCACUCCUCUUGCAGAACAUGUCUUGAAAAUAUUCACGAUAUGCAUCACAAUAUAUUUGCAAUACCAGACCUCAAAGAAAAAUUCACUGUUUGCACGUCUUUGCCUGUGGAACCAGAAGAUGGCUAUCCAACAAGUUUAUGUGACCAAUGUCAUUCCAAGAUUGAUGAUUUUUACAACUUCCAACAAAUGUGCAUCUCGGCACGUAAACGAUUUCAGGAUUAUAUAAAUUCAGACAAAAAACCAAACACUUUUGAAUUGAAUAUUGACCCAAACAAUCUACCAUCAACAACAACUGAUUUGAUGUUGUUCAAGAAAGAAGCCAAAGGAGAACAGGAAGAAGAUAGUUUAACUGAAGGUUGUUUGGAAUUCGUCACGACAGAGAUGUCGAAUGUAAAAAAUCAAGAAGAUUCUUCAGAACAAGAAGAAGAAGACGAAUCAGAUGAUGACCAGCCAAUCGUUAAAUAUCGGGUAAGUGAUGAUGAAAAUUCCGAAAACGAUAACAGUCGAUUGAGUGACAAUGAAGACAUCCUAGAGGAUGUUAAACCUGCUAACAAAAUAAUAAAACUACCUCCUGAGUCAAAUAUUGACUUGGGUUGUAAAAUCUGCAACAAAAUCUUUAAAAAAGCCGACACCUAUGCGGCUCAUAUGCGAGUGCAUCAAGGUCUUAAGCCAUUUCCUUGUCUGUUGUGUGACAAAUCAUACGCCCGACGAAGUCGACUCAAAGGACAUGUAAAAACCAAGCACGAAGGAAGCCCGGGAGAAAGAUUCCCCUGCACCGAGCCAGGAUGUGAUAGAACAAUGUCCUCAAAGCAAACCCUCCGCAAACACAUUAAAGAUAUUCACAGUGGCAUGGGUGUUAAACCCAAACAGCCUUACAUCUGUGAAGAGUGUGGAAAAGUUCUAACAAGUUUAGCCACCCUCAAGAACCAUCGUUUCCUGCACACUGGAGCACAACUGCCACACGAAUGUCCACAAUGCCAAAAGAGAUACAUCACUAAAAACAAACUUAAGGAGCACAUGAAUCGACAUGCUGGCAUCAGGAACUACAUUUGUCCGCAUUGUGGAGCAAGGAAAUCAACACGAACUGAACUCAAAACCCACAUCAACUAUCACACCAAAGAGAAGACAUAUCCAUGUCAAUUCUGCGAUAUGAUCUUUAACAGUCUUGGUAAUUUCAGUCGACAUAAACGCAUCGUUCAUGAAGGAAUCAAAGACUAUCCAUGUUCGUAUUGUGAUAAAUCAUUUGGCAAGGCUGAGACAAGGAAACAUCACGAAAUGACUCAUACGGGAGAAAAGCCUCAUGAAUGCAAUAUAUGUCAUAAGAAGUUUAUUCAACAAGUUGCUUUGAAGAAGCAUAAAAAGAUUCAUUUUAAGAGUGUGGCAGGACAUUGGGACAAGGAAUAAAAAAUGUUCUUGUUUGUUUGGGUAGGCUGGCUGGGCUAGCCAGUCGUUAAGUUAAGUUGUAUGUACCUUUGAAGUUUUUAUUUUUAAUUUAUGUUUAAUAAAGGUUUUAAAAUAUCAGGAAA